CCCACCCUUCGCCUUCACGCCGCGGUCCCAGGCACCUCAGCUUUCUUCUCUGCGUCGUGACCCGCUGCUCGCCCGCUGGGAGCGCAGUGGAGCCCAGUGUUGGGCGUGAGCCCGGCGGGGCCGCAGGCUCUGCCCUGCUCCGCCCCACCUGGGCUCGGGGCAAAGGCCGCCGUGGGGACAUGUCGUGCCCCCCUCAGCGAGGGCAGGAGCGCGUGAAAGGCAGCGUGGCUGCCAGAGAACGAAAUGUCAUCAGUGGAAUCACACCAGGAACAGUUGUCCCAGUCAGAUCCGUCCCCAUCGCCAAACUCAUGCAGUUCCUUUGAGCUAAUAGACAUGGAUGCUUGCAGUUUGUAUGAACCCGUGUCUCCUCAUUGGUUUUACUGUAAAAUAAUAGAUUCUAAGGAGACGUGGAUUCCUUUCAACUCUGAGGAUUCACAGCAGCUGGAAGAGGCAUAUGGCUCUGGAAAAGAUUGUAAUGGGAGAGUUGUCCCCACUGAUGGGGGCAGAUACGAUGUUCAUUUGGGGGAGAGGAUGCGGUAUGCUGUGUACUGGGAUGAGCUAGCCUCAGAAGUGCGACGAUGUACCUGGUUUUACAAGGGAGACAAAGAUAAUAAGUAUGUUCCCUACUCGGAGAGCUUCAGCCAAGUAUUAGAGGAAACAUACAUGCUUGCUGUAACUCUGGAUGAAUGGAAAAAGAAACUGGAGUCUCCUAACAGAGAAAUUAUUAUAUUACACAAUCCAAAGCUUAUGGUGCAUUACCAGCCAGUUACAGGGUCUGAUGAAUGGGGCUCAACACCCACUGAGCAGGGUCGACCAAGAACAGUGAAGAGAGGGGUUGAGAACAUCUCUGUUGACAUUCACUGUGGGGAACCUUUACAAAUAGAUCACUUGGUUUUUGUAGUCCAUGGGAUUGGACCAGCUUGUGAUCUCCGCUUUCGAAGCAUCGUACAGUGUGUUAAUGAUUUUCGCAGUGUUUCCUUGAACCUGCUACAGACGCAUUUUAAGAAAGCCCAAGAAAAUCAGCAGAUUGGGAGGGUAGAAUUUCUUCCAGUUAACUGGCACAGUCCUUUGCAUUCUACUGGUGUGGAUGUAGAUCUGCAGCGAAUAACCCUGCCCAGCAUUAACCGCCUGAGGCACUUCACCAAUGACACAAUUCUGGAUGUCUUCUUCUACAAUAGCCCCACCUACUGUCAGACUAUCGUGGACACGGUUGCUUCUGAAAUGAACCGAAUAUAUACACUUUUUCUGCAGAGGAACCCUGAAUUCAAAGGGGGUGUAUCCAUUGCUGGUCAUAGUUUAGGUUCGCUUAUAUUGUUUGAUAUCCUAACAAAUCAGAAAGAUUCUUUGGGGGAUAUUGACAGUAAAAAGGAUUUGCCAAAUAGUGUCAUGGCUCAAGGAGACAUACCGACACUAGAGGAAGAUUUGAAGAAACUUCAACUCUCUGAAUUCUUUAGUAUCUUUGAGAAGGAGAAAGUAGAUAAGGAAGCUCUGGCUUUAUGUACAGACAAAGAUCUUCAGGAAAUGGGAAUUCCCUUAGGACCAAGAAAGAAGAUAUUAAACUACUUUAGGACCAGAAAAAAUUCAAUGGGUAUUAAUAGACCAACUCCACCGUCAGCUUCAGGGAUGAAUAUGCCUAACAUCCCCAAAGAAUCGGAGUUCUGCAGUUGUACUGGUGACACUGCAAAUGGUGACUAUCUGGACGUUGGCAUUGGGCAGGUGUCUGUAAAAUACCCCCGGCUCAUAUAUAAACCAGAAAUAUUCUUUGCCUUUGGAUCUCCCAUUGGCAUGUUCCUUACUGUCCGAGGCCUAAAGAGAAUUGAUCCCAACUACAAAUUUCCAACAUGCAAAGGUUUCUUCAAUAUUUAUCAUCCUUUUGAUCCUGUGGCCUAUAGGAUUGAACCAAUGGUUGUCCCAGGUGUGGAAUUUGAGCCAAUGCUGAUCCCACAUCAUAAAGGCAGGAAGCGGAUGCACUUAGAACUGAGAGAGGGCUUGACCAGGAUGAGUAUGGACCUUAAAAACAACUUGCUAGGUUCGCUGCGGAUGGCCUGGAAGUCUUUCACCAGAGCUCCAUACCCUGCCUUACAAGCUUCAGAAACUGCAGAAGAAACUGAAGCAGAACCUGAAUCAAGUUCAGAGAAGCCUAGUGAUAUUAACACAGAGGAGACCCCUGUGGCAGUUAAGGAAGAAGUCCCACCCAUCAAUGUGGGAAUGCUGAAUGGGGGCCAACGCAUUGACUAUGUGCUACAGGAGAAGCCCAUUGAAAGUUUUAAUGAAUAUUUAUUUGCUUUACAAAGCCAUCUGUGCUACUGGGAGUCUGAAGAUACAGUAUUGCUGGUCCUCAAAGAAAUCUACCAAACCCAGGGUAUCUUCCUUGAUCAGCCUUUACAGUAAAAAUGAACCAUCUAUGGCUGCUUCAUACGGACAUUGAGGGAUCCUUCCCCAGAAAAUCCACCUGUUUGUUGCUGCGGUUUUCUUCUCCUCAGCUGCGUCAUUUCCUGCAUGUUGCCUGAUGCUAACUCACCAUUGGGGUCUUUGGGAGAUAAUCUUCCUUUUUGGAAGUGAGUGGAAAAGCAAGGGAAGACCCUGUUGCUUUUUACCACUGGCUUCAUAUUAACACUUGCCAUUGUUUCUUCUUAGCUGGGGGUGGUUUGCAUCUUUAAUUCUUUGAUGAUAGUAUAUAGGUACCACACUUUAUUACUUAUUACUGAGAUGGCAUAAAGUCUAUUCAGAGUUUGAUUUGUUUUGGAUUGGGUAGAAAUUUUUCUAGGAGAUUGUUGCUUAUCUUCAGAAAAGGUUCUAGUUUGGAAGCCGACUCUUGAGAUUCAGAAGGCAUGUUGGGGUACACUCCUCUCAUUGGUUUUCUCUGCGUUUGAAGACUAAGUCCAAGUGGAUAUGGAAAAGACAAAUUAUUUCUAGUUAGCUUUUCUUUCCUAGUACUGUAUGAAGAAAGACUAAAAUGUGGCUUGAAGAGAGUAUUGUUUACUCUUUUUACAGCUGAUUGACAAAUUUAUUGCUAGGAAUCACUGAUGUUGUUCCUUGUUUUUACAGCUGUUUGAGCUGCUAUAAGAGUCUAAAGUGGACAAUAUGUUCACAUUAGGUGCACCUUUAUAAAGCCAAGAUGUGAUAUAUCCUAGACCUGCCCUUUGAUAUCAUACUUCAAAUUAGGAAACUCUAGAUAAAAUCUGACUUGUUAUCUGAUAAUAGCUUCUGUUCUUAAGUUGAAGGUAAAGUUACAAAAGCUGCCAAACUUGAAAUGACAUAGCCUUGACAGACUGCUUAGGUUAUAAAUGAAAUCUAGUGGUGCAUUUAUGGUGAAACAGAAUUUGUGUAAGUCACCUGCCACAUCCACUUGGGUGAAGGUUGUGUUGUGUGUCUUCUUUAAAAAUGUUUUUUUAAACAUCAUUGCCUUAGGUACCCAUGAUCCGGAAUGCUUAUGUAAAAGAUCAUGGCACAAGCAAUGUUGGUUGAGCAGGUAGGGUUGGCUAGGAGGAAAUGUUUCUUCUGAAAGAAAAACCCUGUCCCUAUAGCGGCUAAGGAACAGCUGUUGCAGAGUCAGUGUUAGAAUAUGCAAAGUGAGAUGUACCUUGAAGAAGAUGGGUGAAUGUAGACUAAUUUUUUACAAGGCAUCUGCUCCCCACUGUGCUGGCAGUAUUUUCUUCCCCACUGGUCAGAGUUUCUCAUUGUCUUUGCAGUUGUCUUUGUGAUACUCCUUUACACUCCUCUCAGAUUUCCACAGGCUCUUGUUCAUAGAGUGGCAUAGGCAGGGAAGCUGUUUUGUUUUUUGUAAAUGUAUCAUGAUAUCUAAAGCAAUGGCAUUUAACAUUCACUUAAGCCAUCCCUUUGACAGCAGUGGUCUUUAUCCCUUUCUGGAGAGAAAAGGAAAGGGAAGGUUAAUGACUGUCACUCUAGAGAUGGUAGAGGGAAGGUUGGGGUAUAGGUCAGAGCCUGGCCUUUCCUUGUCCAUCUGCUUUUAGACUAAUGCUGACUAAGCCACUAAGAAGUUUCAGAUAUAGGCAAUACUUUAUUUUCUUUACUAUGUAAACUCUGAGUUUAAAGUAAAGGUUACUGAGAAUUAAGUAGCAUUCAAUAUAUAUUAAAGGGGAAGGUUUUUCCUAGUUGUCUUCAAAUUUAAAUUUACUCUUCAUAUUAGCAGAAUAGGUACUAUUUAAGAGUAAACCAAAGGACAGGCAAGAGUCCUUACCUGUAACCAAAGAUGAACAGCAUAACCCUGGAUAGCUAGAUAAACCACUGUUUCUACUAAGAAAUGUUUCUUUCCUCGUGGUGAGGGGCAGAUAACUGUAAAACAGCUGUACAUCUUGUCUAUCCACCUGUGGUAUUAUCAUGGUGUGUAUUAUACAGGGUAAUAAGCUUGAUUUAAAUCCUUUAGUUGUAUAUCAUUUACACUACUUUGGUUGUAUCAUGUGCAAUCUCUUGACUAAACCUAUUUUUAAACCCUCGUAGAGUACCAUUUUAUACAUAUUUCCAGCUGCAGAAUUGGUAUUGCUUAUCUCAGCAAAAGAGAUCGUUUGCAUGGGAAGAUUAAUAGCACUGAUUAGCUUUCUAAUAUUUUGCAGUUUUUGAAAUGUUUGUUUUUUAUGUGAUAUUUAAAACUUUAGUAAAUACUGAAAUAAAA